AUGACGAGCAUGUCGCCCAUAAGUGCCGUCAACGGCGGCUCCGCCGCCACCUCGCACCAGGGCAGCGUCUCGCCCCGGCAGACGGUGUCGCCCAAGAAUGUCGCAUUUGAACUCCUGUUUACUGAGUCGCCGCAAUAUCGCGCGCGACUCCCCAUGCGAGUCCAGAUAUACCCCCACGAUACGACAGACUCCAUCGUCACCACUGUCAAGAAUUUCUACGGACUAUACUCGGGGCCGACCGGCUCCAAGGGCGUCAGUUUUGAGGACGAGAAUGGCAUCACCCUCAUCGCUCGUUACGAGAACUUUCGCAACAACAUGGUUGUCUACGUCAGAGUCAUCGAGGAGCCUCCCUCUGCCUCUGGUCCCUUCGUGGCGCCUGCAUAUCACAACCCUCCUCUGAGCGCUCAGCCAUACUACGAGGGUACUGGCUACCCCCUGCAACCUCCGCCGCGCUUCGGCCAGGAAAUCUCCAGACCUUCCUCAAGCACAUCUCGGCGGCGCAGCCCGUCGCCCAACGCUGGGCGCGGCCGGAGAAGCGGAUCCGCCACUACGAACCCCAAGAAUGGCCGGUCGAGGUCUUCCAAGAACCGGGACACUGCUGCCAACGGACACACCGAUAUAUACAGCGAUAGCGUCAAUGGCUACAGCAGCGGGGACGGGGCUCCCGGCUCCAGCUCCAGCAGGAUAAAGGAGCAGAUUGGCAACACCGAGAUCAGCCUCGAAAACAUCGUAGAGGGAGGCCGCCGCAAGCGAGCCAAGUUUGAGAGUUCGGAACUCCCCUUGUUUGCGCCUCCGCAGAUGCCGGCUGCUACGUCGAACCCUUCCGUGUCUCCCGCCCGCCGCGCGGAGCCCCAGAGGGCCUCGUUGCCGUUUGUGCACCCAGGCCAGAACCCCUUUACGAAUCCUCUCCCCCUGCAGUCCCCGCAGAGCCAUAGCAAUGGCUACGGUCAUAGUGGAUACUAUGCGACGCCGUCGUCUGAGCGCCACGGGCGCAACAGCAUCGGCUACGCUGCGCAAAGCGGCAACUUCAGCAGCAUGAGUGGCAUCCUCCCCACGCCGGACCCUACCGUCGGCAGCUGCAUGUCAGAAGAGGACAAGGAUGUUGCCAUCCAGCUUAUGCGCCUGGGUGAAAUGUCUAACAUUUCCCACGGGCGCACUUCAGCUUCUACGCUGGACGAUACGUUUAGCGGCCGCGCCGACGCUGCAUCCUCUACUGGGGCCACUAGUGACGGCGAGAGUGAGAGCGAUGAGGAGGAGUCGGCCGCCCGGCGUCAAAAGCUGGAUGCCGCUGGCAUCAUGCGCAAGAUCUAUCAGACCACCGAGAGCCACUUCAUUCCUCAGCCCAGCAUCGAGGCCAGUGCCGAUGAUGUCGAAGUCGAGAAGUGUAGCGACCACACCGAUCACGCCAUCAAUGGCGAGCGCAAGCACGAGGUGCUCAAGAACAAGACCAACCUUCCCGAUGCCAGGCCCAAGUCACAGUUACCCGGCUCCAAGCCCAAGAAUUCCAAGGCCAGCAAGGUUCCUCGGCCAAGCGUUCCCAAGCCCAAGAAGGCUUCCGCUCCAGCCCCGGCCCCGGCCCCGACCACUACUAGCAAUGGGCCCAUGUCGCCGGCUUCGCUGCCUUCGUCGCGCAAACCCUCGGUUUCCUCCGCCGCAGCUGCUCCGGGUGCCAAUGGCGAAGACGACCAGCUUGAUCUGUCAGCCAAGCCCCGGUGUCAGCGAUGCCGCAAGAGCAAGAAGGGUUGCGACAGGCAGCGACCCUGUGGGCGAUGCCGUGAUGCCGGUCUUAGCGCUGAUCAGUGCAUUAGCGAAGAUGAAGGCAAUGGUCGCAAGGGCAGAUACGGGCGCCACAUGGGAGUGCCAAUCAAGAAGGAAGACAUUGCCAAUCCUACUCAGCCCAUUCUACUUCCGGCUGCGCCAAUCGCCACGACGGCUGCAAUGGCCGACAAGAACAAGAAGCGGAAGCGAUAG